UCUCCAGUUGCUACAUCAGUGUUCAGGUUGCACAAGAGGGAGGGAAAGGGUGAGGUACCGCGAAAGAAGAGGAGGAGACAUGGCGGAGGGGAUGCUUAGCUGAGGCCUCCCCGGAGAGAGAGAGGGGCAUGAAGAGUGAGGAAGGUGGCCAGGAUCCCGGGGCAGUAAAGAUCAUAACAUCGAUCACAGUAACUGGCAGCGAUAUAGAUACAUGCAUAAUUAAAAAUGAUUUAUCUCAAGAUGCACAUAUAAAUGAAGAAAUACUAUGCUUGAGUGAUACAGUUCAUAAGAAUUUCAGAGAAGAUGGCUUAUGUUAAUCUAAAGGAAAUUGCACUAAUUGUUGGAGUAGUUGCAGCAUGUUAUUGGAACAGUCUCUUUUGUGGCUUUGUCUUUGAUGAUGUUUCAGCUAUUCUGGACAACAAAGACUUGCAUCCUUCUACUCCUUUAAAAAGUCUUUUUCAGAAUGAUUUCUGGGGGACUCCUAUGUCUGAGGAAAGAAGUCAUAAAUCAUAUCGGCCGCUCACAGUCCUCACAUUCCGUUUGAACUACUUGUUCAGUGAACUGAAUGCUGUUUCUUACCACUUCUUGAACAUUGUAUUUCAUGCCAUUGUUUGUAUAGUUUUCCUCAAGGUCUGUAAACUCUUCUUGGACAAUAGGAGCAGUUGGGUUGCAUCUUUGUUAUUUGCUGUACAUCCAAUACAUACUGAAGCAGUAACUGGUGUGGUGGGCAGAGCUGAGCUUCUCUCUUCAAUUUUCUUUCUUGCUGCCUUUUUGUCAUAUACCAGAUCUCGUGGGCCAGAAAACACUAUAGUGUGGACUCCUAUUGCAGUGACUGUGUUUCUGGUUGCUGUUGCUACAUUAUGUAAAGAGCAAGGAAUAACAGUGGUGGGAAUAUGUUGUGUCUAUGAAGUAUUUAUAGCUCAAGGGUAUACCUUGCCUAUCCUAUGGGAUACAGUGUUACAGAUUCUCCGAGGCAAAGGCAGCAUUCCUUAUUGUAUGCUCCAGAUGCUUUUGAAACUAAUAGUUCUGAUGUUCAGUACAUUACUCCUUGUUGUGAUCAGAGUCCAGGUUAUUCAGUCACAAUUGCCAGUAUUUACAAGGUUUGAUAAUCCAGCUGCUGUGAGUCCCUCUCCAACAAGGCAGCUGACUUUUAACUACCUCCUACCUGUAAAUGCUUGGCUGCUUCUAAAUCCCUCUGGAUUGUGUUGUGAUUGGACAAUGGGUACUAUUCCACUGGUAGAGUGUCUUCUAGACAUAAGAAAUAUUGCCACCAUAACCUUUUUCUGCUUCUUGGGAACUUUACUUAUCUUCAGUCUUCGAUAUCCUGGGGAUUCUUCCAAGACUGUUUUGAUGGCACUUUGUUUAAUAGUGUUGCCAUUCAUCCCAGCAUCAAACCUUUUUUUUCCUGUUGGCUUCGUAGUAGCAGAGCGAGUGUUAUAUGUUCCGAGCAUGGGAUUCUGCAUGCUAGUAGCUCAUGGGUGGAAAAAACUCUCAAGCAACAGUGUGCUAAGAAAAUUCUCCUGGAUUUGUCUGUCUCUGGUGCUGUUAAUUCAUGCCUUAAAAACAUUGCACAGGAAUUGGGACUGGGAAUCAGAAUAUACAUUAUUUAUGUCAGCUUUAAAGGUGAAUAAAAAUAAUGCAAAACUGUGGAAUAAUGUGGGUCAUGCUUUAGAAAAUGAAAAAAACUUUGAAAGAGCAUUGCGUUUCUUCAUACAAGCCACUCAGGUACAGCCAGAUGACAUUGGUGCCCACAUGAACGUAGGAAGAACAUAUAAAAAUUUAAACAGAACCAAAGAAGCUGAAGAAUCUUACUUGGUGGCAAAAUCAUUGAUGCCACAGAUCAUUCCAGGUAAAAAAUAUGCUGCACGAGUUGCUCCUAACCAUCUGAAUGUUUAUAUAAACCUUGCAAACUUGAUUCGAGCAAAUGAAUCUCGCCUUGAAGAAGCAGACCAAUUAUAUCGCCAAGCCAUCAGCAUGAGACCAGAUUUCAAGCAGGCAUACAUUAGCAGGGGGGAAUUGCUGUUAAAGAUGAACAAACCUCUUCAAGCUAAGGAAGCUUACCUCAGAGCUCUUGAAUUGGAUAGAACCAAUGCAGACCUGUGGUAUAACUUGGCAAUUGUUUAUAUUGAGUUGAAGGAUCCCACAGAAGCACUGAAGAACUUCAACAGGGCAUUAGAACUCAGUCCCAGUCAUAAAUUAGCUCUAUUCAAUUCUGCACUCCUAAUGCAAGAAUCCGGUGAUGCGAGACUCAGGCCUGAAGCUAGAAAAAGGCUUCUAGAUUAUGUAAAAGAAGAGCCUCAAGAUGCAAAUGGCUAUUUUAACUUGGGUAUGCUUGCCAUGGAUGACAAAAAAGAUGCUGAAGCAGAAACCUGGAUGAAAAAAGCCAUAAAGCUACAGGUGGGUUUCCGAAGUGCUUUGUUCAAUUUAGCACUGCUUUAUUCUCAGACUGCAAAGGAGCUGAAAGCUUUGCCAGUUCUAGAAGAGCUACUGAGAUAUUACCCUGAUCAUACCAAAGGUUUGAUUCUGAAGGGGGACAUUUUGAUGAACCAAAAGAAAGAUAUACAGGGAGCUAAGCAAUGUUUUGAGAAAAUCCUCAAAAUGGAUCCUAACAAUGUACAAGGAAAACACAACCUUUGUGUAGUUUAUUUUGAGGAAAGAGACUUAUUAAAAGCUGAGCAAUGUUUGGUGGAGACACUGGCUUUAGCUCCACAUGAGGAAUACAUCCAGCGCCAUUUAAGUAUAGUCCGUAGUAAAAUUGCUUCACUGGGUCCAAGAGAGACACCUGUGAUUCCUGCAGAAAAAGCUGGUGCUGUUGAGGAGGAAAAAAAUUCAUUGGAAAACUUGAAAGUGGGAAAGAAUGAACAGAGAAACACUCGGACUACAAAUAGUAAUAAUAACAACAAAGGGAAGACAAAGCCCAAGAAAAAUGUGGAAAAAAACACCACUGACAAAGAGACGAAAAAGAAAUCAACAAAAGAAAUUAAAGACAUUGAGAAAAAAAGAGUUGCUGCUCUAAAAAGAUUGGAAGAAAUUGAGCGAAUAUUAAAUGGUGACUAAUUGCUCAUAAGACCUCCAGUAUAGGAGGUUGAUGUCUACUUCCAUGUUUGGAUAUGUACGUGUGUUCAGUCCAAAAUGACCAAUAGGCACUGUUUGAAUUCGGGGGAAAUGCUGAAAACAUACCAUGAGCAGGGGGAGAAAGUGGGAGGAAGCUGUUUCUGCUACAACAAAGAACAAAUCAGUUGGGAAAAUCAUGGUUUUUAAUGGAUGGUUAAAGGACUGAAUUUAACUGACACACACAGGUUUUCUAGCAGUAGAAGCUGUAAUACUAAUGCUGCUAUGUCCUGUUUCCUGCAAGCAAUUCUUGUGGUACUUGCUUCAAAUUGAACCUGUUUAGGACCAGGGCUCAAAUUCUGAGCAACCAGAUUAUAUCUAGUUGUAUUCUCUAAGGACUAGAAGUCAAAUUUUGAAAGGGCACCUCAGGUAUGAUGAUUCCUAGGCUCAAUUGAAGGGGAAAAUCACUGGUUCAAGUUAUUUAGGAAUGCACUACAGCUAAUGUUAGUCUUAUUUAAAGUAUAUCCACUGAAAUGAAAGGGCUUUGUUGGUCACAACUAAGUUAACUGCCAUUGAUUUCAGUGGGUUGGGUAAGACUAAUGGUAGAUUUUGCCUAGAUUUCUCCUGAAUUUAUUCAUUGAAUUAUCAAAGAUUUUUCUACCUAUUUACAUCACAUCUCCAUUCCCCCACUUCCCUGGAAUUAUGAGUGUUCCCAAAUGAGUUGCAGCUUAACUAGCAAAUACCAAUCCUAUUAUGUAUGUGCCUGCAUGCAUUUGGUAGUUUUUAAAAUACUUAUCUGUAUUACACUAAAAAUGCAGUGACUCUCUACAUCAUGGGGGGGGGGAGAGGGAUCCCACCUCAAAAUAAUGCUAAUUUAAAUUCUUUGAGCUAUUAUGUGGUUAAGAUCCUGUGGUUUUCUUACUACAUUUUUUAAGCAAAUAGGUUUAUUUCUCAACCCACCCUUCUGUAGGAGAUCACUUCAUGCAAAAUGCUUGGUUUGGAGCACAGGUGGUGGAGGUUGUUGUCUUUUUUAUUAUUAUGACUUUAAGUUAACUAAUAAAUCUAGGGUGUUGUUUGUUUUACGUUUCUCACAGAUGGACUAAUUCCCCGAUACAGUAAAAUAUAAACCAGUGCUCCUUUUUUGCUUUUACUGUUAAUUGUGUUUUAUUUCUUGGAAUUUACACAUAACCUAUAGGAUAUUGUUAACAGUUGUCUGUUCAGACUGCUCUACUGUGAUAAAGAUUUACUCAGUGGUAGAGCACGUGCUUUGCAUGCAGGAAGGUCCUAGAUUCAAUUUUGGCGUCUCCAUCUAUGACUGUGAAAGACUCCUAUAGAGCUCCUGUCAAUCAGUAUAAACAGUAUGGAGCCAGCUGAAACAAUGAUGUGACUCAACUACCUGUGGAGUCUGUCAAAAAAUAUGUAUAGGACGGAACUGUUAAGUCACUUCAUUCCUCCUGGCUUAAGAAAAACUUGAGGGCUGCUUCAAUGCCUCAUGGAAAGCACUUCCAAUUAGGAUAUAACAUGCAAACAAACUUGGAAUUGUUCCUUUAAAAAAAAAAGACUGCAGUUCUCAAAAUUCCCAGCCACACUAGCCAAUGGAACGGUCGUACAAAAGAAGCAAUUUUUGUAUGCUCUACUUACAACAUGUGUAGAUCAUCAUGUACAGUAUGCACAUUGGAAGAUGUACUGAUCACACAUAUGUAUUCUACACCCAGAUUAUGUUAUUUCCAGUGUACACACAGGUUUUGCACUAAUUCGUGUGUAAAAGGUUGACUUCAUUUCCAAAUAUGAAAUGAUUUACCUUUUUAUCAGAGAAGUUGUGGAGAAAUGUUAAAUAUUUAUUCUGUCUACUAAUUCUCAGCUAGUUUGUUUCCACUAACAUCUUUACUAGAAUGAGUUAAUUUAAUUCCUAAUGAGAAACUUGGAUAAUGUCUGCAUUUUUAUAUCUGUGGCUAUGCAUAUUUUUCUUCUAAAUAUACUGUUGGAUUGCCUAAAA